GGAAGAUGGUGUUCGAGUCGGUGGUCGUGGAUGUGUUGAACCGGUUCCUGGGGGACUAUGUGGUGAACCUGGACACGUCCCAGCUCACUCUGGGCAUCUGGGGAGGAGCUGUGGUCUUGAAGAACCUUGAAAUUAAAGAAAAUGCCCUGAGUCAACUGGAUGUACCAUUUAAAAUUAAAGUUGGUUAUAUAGGUAACCUUAAUCUUAAAAUUCCAUGGAAAAACCUUUAUACUCAACCAGUUGUAGCUGUACUGGAAAACAUUUAUUUACUCAUAGUGCCUUCUUCUAUAAUAAAAUAUGAUUCUUUAAAAGAAGAAAAGCAACUUUUGGAAGCAAAGCAGCAGGAACUAAAAAGAAUAGAAGAAGCCAAACAAAAAGUAGCUAAUCAAGAAAAACUCCUGGUGGAGAAACAAGAUACUUUUACAGAAAAAUUAAUUACUCAGAUCAUAAAAAAUCUUCAAGUGAAAAUUUCCAACAUCCAUAUUCGUUAUGAAGAUGAUAUCACAAAUCAAGAAAACCCACUGUCAUUUGGUAUUUCUCUUCAAAAUCUCAGCAUGCAGACAACUGAUCAAAACUGGGCUCCAUGUUUACAUGAUGAAACUGAGAAACUAUUUCGUAAGUUAAUCCGAUUGGAUAACCUUUUUGCUUAUUGGAAUGUGAAGUCUCGGAUGUUUUAUCUUACUAGUUACGAUGAUUCUUUGGACAGCUUGAGGAAUGGCAUUGUUGAUGAAAAUAUUGUUCCAGAAGGUUAUGAUUUUGUAUUUCGCCCCAUAUCUGCUAAAGCCAAACUUCAGAUGAAUCGCCGAUCUGAUUUUGACUUUUCUGCCCCCAAGAUAAAAUUGGAUGUUGAUUUACAUGACAUAGCGAUUGAAUUUAAUAAACCACAGUAUUUCAGUCUUAUGGAGCUUCUUGAAUCAGUUGAUAUGAUGACGCAAAAUCUGCCAUAUAGGAAGUUCAAACCUGAUGUACCUGUUCACGGCCAUGCCAGAGAAUGGUGGGCUUAUGCUAUACAUGGUAUUCUUGAAGUAAAUGUUUGCCCCCACUUACGGAUGUGGUCAUGGAAACAUAUUAGCGAUCAUCGGCAACAAAUGAAGCAAUAUAAAGAACUCUAUAAGAAAAAACUAAUAAAUAAGAAGCCACCUGUUGAACUUCUCAGCUGUUUGGAGGAGUUGGAGAAGACUCUGGAUGUAUUUAAUAUAACUAUAGUGAGACAACAGGCAGAAGUUGAGGUAAAGAAAGCUGGAUACAGGAUAUACAAAGAAGGAACAAAAGAUUCAGAGGAAAAUAAAGGAUGGUUUAACUGGUUGUGGACUUGGUCAGAACCAAAAACUAUAGAGCAGCAGCCCGAUGUUAAACCUGGAAGUCUUGAAGAAAUCUUGACACCUGAAGAAAAAACUUUACUCUAUGAAGCAAUUGGCUAUAGUGAAACAGCAGUUGACCCAACCUUGCCAAAAUCAUUUGAAGCCAUGAAGUUGUACAUGCACUUGAAAAGUAUGUCUAUUAUUCUAAGAGAAGAACAACAAAAACGUGAGCUGUUAAAUAUUGUAGUAGAAGAAUUUAGCACUUGGGUUGUACAAAGACCAGGAGCACAAGCAAUAAAAUUUGAAACCAGAAUAGAUUCCUUUCAUGUUACUGGCCUACCAGAUGAUUCAACAAAACCCCGCCUUCUGUCCUCAUUGGAUAAUGCUGCAUCACUUUUCCAGAUUACAUUUGAGACAAAUCCAUUAGAUGAAACUGUUGCUCAAAGGUGUAUCAUAGAAGCUGAACCUUUAGAAAUAAUAUAUGACGCAAGAACAGUGAAUAGUAUAGUGGAAUUCUUCAGACCUCCAAAAGAGGUAAAUCUAGCACAGCUCACUUCAGCGACUUUGACAAAACUUGAAGAAUUUCGUGAUAAGACAGCAACAGGUCUACUGUAUAUUAUUGAAACACAGAAAGUUCUUGAUCUCAGAAUUAAUUUGAAAGCUUCAUAUGUUAUUAUCCCACAAGAUGGAAUUUUCAGCCCUACAUCAAAUCUGCUUCUUUUGGAUCUUGGUCAUUUAAAGGUGACAAGCAAAAGUCGUUCACAAUUACCAGAUAUGAAACAAGGUGGGGCCAGACUUGAAGAGAUAAUGCGUAGAGCUUAUGAUUCCUUUGAUAUUCACCUUACAAGCAUUCAGCUGCUUUACAGCAGAGUUGGUGAUAAUUGGAAAGAAGCACGAAAACUCAAUGUAUCUACACAGCAUAUUUUGGUACCUUUGCACUUCAAUGUGGAAUUCUCUAAGGCCAUGGUUUUCAUGGAUAUAAGGAUGCCGAAAUUCAAGAUUUUUGGAAAGUUACCACUGAUUUCUUUGCGAAUCUCAGAUAAAAAGCUUCAAGGAAUUUUGGAAUUGAUUGAAAGCAUUCCAAAACCCACACCUGCAACUGAAGUACAUGCCCCUGUCAAGCCAUUUCAGAUGCAAAGGUCCACUUCUUUGGGAGCACCACAGAUUUCACAGAAAGUGAUUCCUCUCUUGGAACUUGCAGGUGUUGAAUAUGAGUCAGAGGAGGAAUUUUAUGAUGCACCAUGUAGUCCCGUGGAAGAAUAUUUUCAGUCAACAGCUAGCAUUAAAAGUUAUCAACAAAAUAAGAUUCCAGAGCUGGAUUGUUCAAAAAAUAUCAUUCAGUAUAAAAUAAGAUUUGAAGUGCCAGAGGUAUCGAUUCAAUUUUAUCACCUUGUUGAAGAUUGUGAACUACCUGUGGUAGAAAUUGUUGUCUUAGGAUUGGGCACGGAAGUAGAACUUAGAACAUUUGAUUUGAAAGCCAAUGCCUUUUUGAAAGAAUUCUGCUUAAAAUGCCCAGAAUACUUGGAUGUAAACGAAAAGCCAGUUUAUUUGAUUACAACACUAGAUAACACAAUGGAAGAUCUGUUAACACUGGAGUAUGUGAAGGCUGAAAAGAAUGUACCCAACUUGAGAAGUUCCUAUAAUAAUGUUGAACAACUGAUUAAGGUGAAUUUUUCCUCUUUGGAUAUUCAUUUGCAUACGGAAGCACUUCUGAAUACAAUAAACUAUUUUAAUAAUUUCAUUCCACAAUUGGAGGAAAAGUCAGCCUCGUUGCAUGUUGCGGAGACAGAAGACAAAGGAGAGGUCAUUAAAAAAAUAGCUUCAAGACGAUACAGGCAUGAAGAUAUUACCUUGCAGAUCUUAGCAGAAUUAUCAUGUUUACAGAUCUUUAUUCAAGAUCAGAAACAUAACAUUGCUGAAAUUAAGAUUGAAGGGCUUGAUUCUGAGAUAAUUAUGAGGCCUUCAGUAACUGAAGUAAAUGCAAAGCUAAGAAAUAUAAUUGUUUUGGAUUCUGAUAUAACAGCUGUAUAUAAAAAGGCUGUUUAUAUCACUGGAAAAGAAGUUUUCAGCUUCAAAAUCCUUUCUUAUGUGAAUGCAACUGCUGAUUCUGCAUACACAGAUAUGAGUGUGGUUGACAUUCAAGUUAAUUUAACUGUUGGUUGCAUUGAAGUAGUUUUAGUCACAAAAUUUUUAUAUUCUAUAUUGGCUUUCAUAGAUAAUUUUCAAGCAGUUAAAGAAGCCUUGGCUGAGGCAACUGUCCAGGCAGCACAAAUGGCUGCUACUGGUGUAAAAGAACUGGCACAAAGGAGUUCUAGAAUGGCAUUAGAUGUUAACAUCAAAGCCCCAGUUGUGGUCAUCCCACAGUCUCCAGUUUCUGAAAAUGUCCUUGUUGCUGAUUUUGGGCUGAUUACAAUGACCAAUACAUUCCAUAUGAUAACAGAGAGCCAGUGCAAUCCCCCACCCAUUAUUGAUUUGAUUACGAUAAAGCUGAGUGAAAUGCGACUAUACAGGUCUCAAUAUAGUAAUGAUACAUACCAGGAAGUACUGGAUAUACUACUGCCAUUAAAUCUUGAGGUGAUUGUUGAGCGAAAUUUAGCCUGGGAGUGGUUCCAGGAAGUUCCUUGUUUUAAUAUAAAUGCUCAACUAAAGCCUAUGGAGUUCAUUCUUAGUCAAGAAGAUAUAACAACUAUCUUUAAAACAUUAUAUGGUAAUAUAUGGUAUGAAGGAGGUGGCGGUGUUCCACCAGCAGGAGUGAAAGAUCGGAGUAGUGUUACUGGUGGAGUCACUAACACUUCACAUCAUUCAGAAGGAACAACUGUAGUGACAGCUGCUGUGGUAGAAGUACAUUCAUGUGCUGCUCAAGUUAAGACAACACUAAAUAUGAGUUUCAAAACUGAUUAUCUCACCAUGAUACUGUAUAGUCCAGGUCCUGAACACGUUUCCUUUACAGAUGUUCGUGAUCCUUCUCUGACACUUGCUGAAUUUAAGUUGGAGAAUAUAAUAAGUACUUUAAAAAUGUAUACAGAUGACUCAGUAUUUUCUGCCUUCUCAUUAAAAAAUUGUAUUUUAGACGAUAAAAGGCCUCAUGUCAAGAAGGCAACUCCUAGAAUGAUAGGAUUGACAGUUGGAUUUGACAAAAAAGAUAUGAUGGAUGUAAAGUAUAAGAAAAUCAGAGAUGGUUGGAUGUCUGAUGUAGUCCUUCAAGAAACAUAUAUUUGUGCAAGUGUGGAAUUUCUGCUGACAGUUGCAAAUGUCUUUCUUGAAGCCUACACCACAGGCACUGCUGUAGAAACCAAUGUUCAAGCAUGGGCUGCUAAGGAAGAAGUACCUGCACAGAUACAAGAAAAGUGGGAAGUGAAUAUUCUUAUUAAAAAUCCUGAAAUUGUGUUUGUGGCUGAUAUGACAAGAAAUGAUGCUCCUGCCUUAGUCAUUACAACACAGUGUGAAAUUUGUUGCAAGGGUGACCUUGAAAACAAUACAAUGACUGCUGCUAUUAAAGAUCUCCAAAUGAGAGCAUGCCCAUUUCUUCCUGACAAGAGAAAAGACAGAAUCACUACUGUUUUGCAGCCCUGUGACUUGUUCUAUCAAGCUACUCAGAUAGGCACAGAUCCACAAGUGAUUGAUAUAUCACUAAAAUCGCUGACACUAAAGGUUUCACCAGUUAUCAUAAAUACUGUGAUUACCAUAACUGCAGCACUUUAUACAACUAAGGAAACCAUCCCACAAGAAACUGCUUCUUCUACAGCACAUUUAUGGGAAAAGAAGGAUACAAAGACUUUAAAAAUGUGGUUUCUUGAAGAACCAAAUGAAGUGAAAAACAUAGCUCCCACAACUGAAUUGGUACCCAAAGGAGAGAUAAUAAAAAUGAACAUUGAUUCUAUUUUCAUAGUUCUUGAGGCUGGGGUUGGUCAUAGAACAGUACCUAUGCUUUUGGCAAAAUCAUGUUUUUCAGGGGAAGGCAAAAACUGGACUUCCCUCAUAAAUCUCCACUGUCAGCUUGAGCUAGAAGUGCAUUAUUACAAUGAAAUGUUUGGUGUAUGGGAACCUUUGCUUGAACCUUUAGAAAUUGACCAGACUGAGGAAUUUAGACCAUGGAAUCUUGGAAUCAAGAUGAAAAAGAAAGCAAAAAAGGCUAUUGUUGAGUCAGAUACUGAAGAAGAUUACAGAGUGCCAGAAUAUAAAACUGUCAUCAGUUUCUAUUCAAAAGACCAACUAAACAUUACAUUAUCCAAAUGUGGUCUUGUAAUGUUAAAUAAUUUAGUCAAGGCAUUUACAGAAGCUGCCACUGGAUCUUCAACUGUCUUCAUGAGGGAUCUAGCGCCAUUUAUGAUUUUAAAUUCUCUUGGACUUACUAUCUCUGUUUCACCAAGUGAUUCUUUUAGUGUGCUCAACGUUCCAGUGGCAAAGUCAUAUAUAUUGAAAAAUGAGGAAAGUUUAAGUAUGGAUUAUGUCCGAACAAAAGACAAUGAUCAUUUCAAUGCAAUGACCAGCCUAAGCAGCAAACUUUUCUUCAUUCUUCUUACACCUGCUAACCACUCUACUGCUGAUAAAAUUCCCUUAACAAAAGUGGGACGACGACUGUACACUGUAAGGCACAGAGAAUCUGGAGUUGAAAGAUCUAUUGUUUGUCAAAUCGAUGCAGUGGAAGGAAAUAAGAAAGUAACAGUUCGCUCACCCGUGCAGAUUAGAAAUCAUUUCUCAAUCCCACUUUCUGUUUAUGAAGGGAAUACUUUAUUGGGAGUGGCUUCACCUGGAAAUGAAUUUAACAUACCAUUAGCAUCUUACCGAUCACUCCUUUUUCUGAAGCCAGAAGAUGAGGACUAUCAAAUGUGUGAAGCAAUUGACUUUGAAGAAAUUAUAAAAAAUGAAGGCUCUUUUCUAAAGAGGCAAUGUACACCUAUAAACCCGUCUAAGAAACCAUUUAUUAUUAAUAUUGUCCCAGAAAAAGAUAAUUUGACAUCUCUGUCAGUAUAUUCAGAAGAUGGUUGGGACUUACCAUACAUAAUGCAUUUGUGGCCACCUAUCCUACUCCGAAAUCUUCUUCCUUACAAAAUUGUUUAUUAUAUAGAGGGGAAUGAACAUAGAGUUUUUACUCUAAAUGAAGGUUCUUCUGCCCAUAUUUGUACCGUACAAUUGGAUAAAGCAAUACUACAUUUAAAAUUACUUGACUAUCUUAAUCAAGAUUGGAAAAGUGAAUAUCAUAUAAAACCUAAUCAACAAGAUAUUAGUUUCAUCAGUUUUACCUGUGUUACAGAAAUAGAAAAGACUGAUUUAGAUAUUGCUAUCCAUGUGACUUAUAAUCCUGGCCAGACAGUUGUGGCAUUUCAUAGCCCUUACUGGAUGGUCAAUAAAACUGGUCGAAUGUUACAGUAUAAAGCAGAUGGAAUUCAUCGAAAGCAUCCACCUAAUUAUAAAAUGCCAGUUCUCUUUUCUUUUCAGCCAAAGCACUUUUUUAAUAACAAUAAGGUUCAGCUUAUGAUAACUGAUAGUGAAUUAUCAGAUCAGUUUUCAAUUGAUACUGUUGGUAGUCAUGGAGCUGUUAAAUGUAAAGGCAUGAAAAUGGAGUAUCAAGUUGGUGUCAUUAUAGACCUCAGCAGUUUUAACAUUACCAGAAUUGUGACAUUUACCCCUUUUUAUAUGAUCGAAAACAAAAGCAAGUAUCAUAUAUCAGUGGCUGAAGAGGGGAGUGAUAAAUGGCUCUCUCUCGACUUGGAGCAGUGUAUUCCCUUUUGGCCUGAGGAUGCUUCAAAUAAACUUCUUAUUCAAGUUGAAAGAAGUAGAGGCCCUCCCCAAAAGAUACAUUUUAACAAGCAAGAAAAUUGUAUUUUAUUACGUCUGGAUAAUGAGCUUGGCGGUAUUAUAGCAGAAGUUAAUUUGGCUGAGCAUUCUACAGUUAUUAAAUUUUCAGAUUAUCAUGAUGGAGCAGCUACAUUCCUAUUAAUAAAUCACACUAAGAAUGACAUUAUUGAAUAUAAGCAAAGUUCUCUCAGUGAAAUAGAAGACUCUCUCCCUCCUGGAAAAGCAGUAUUUUAUACAUGGGCCGAUCCAGUGGGCUCUAGAAAGCUGAAGUGGAGUUGUGGGAAAAGCCACGGUGAAGUAACACAAAAAGAUGAUAUGAUGACACCUAUAAAUUUGGGGAAAAAGACUAUUUAUUUAGUUUCAUUCUUUGAAGGCUUACAACGCAUUAUUUUAUUCACUGAAGAUCCAAAGGUAUUUAAAGUGACAUAUGAAAAUGAGAAAGCAGAAUUAGCAGAGCAAGAAAUUGUGUUGGCAUUACAAGAUGUUGGAAUUUCUCUCGUCAACAAUUACACAAAGCAAGAAGUAGCCUAUAUUGGCAUUACAAGUUCUGAUGUGGUUUGGGAGACAAAGCCCAAGAAGAAGGCAAGAUGGAAGCCAAUGAGUAUAAAGCACACUGAGAAGUUAGAGAAAGAAUUUAAGGAAUAUAUUGAAUCUUCACCUUCAGAAGAUAAGGUUAUUGAGUUGGACACUACUAUUCCGGUUCGCUUUACACCUAGCGGCAAUAACAUGAAAAUUCUGCAACCACAUAUAAUAGCUAUACGAAGAAAUUAUCUGCCAGCAUUAAACGUGGAAUAUAACACAUCUGCACAUCAAUCAUCAUUUAGAAUUCAAAUUUAUAGAAUACAGAUCCAAAACCAGAUACAUGGCGCUGUAUUUCCAUUUGUAUUUUAUCCUAUUAAGCCUCCCAAGUCAGUCACCAUGGAUUCAGCACCCAAGCCCUUUACAGAUGUCAGUAUUGUCAUGAGAUCUGCAGGGCAUUCCCAGAUAUCACGUAUUAAAUACUUCAAAGUGUUGAUCCAAGAAAUGGAUCUCAGGUUGGAUCUUGGGUUUGUCUAUGCAUUAGCAGAACUUAUGACAGAAGCUGAAGUAACUGAAAAAACGGAGGUUGAACUUUUUCAUAAAGAUAUAGAAGUUUUCCAAGAAGAAUAUAAAACAGUUUCAUUAGUAGAUUCAUCACAAGUCAGUCUCUAUGAGUAUUUUCAUAUAUCUCCUAUCAAGUUGCAUUUAAGUGUUUCACUGAGUUCGGGUAAAGAAGCAGCUAAAGACUCAGAACAGCAUGAAGGAUUCAUUGCAAUUAGUUCUUUAAAUCUCUUGCUGAAGAGUAUUGGUGCCACUCUUACAGAUGUACAAGAUGUGGUUUUUAAGCUUGCAUUUUUUGAACUCAACUAUCAGUUUCAUACAACAUCUGAACUGCAGUCUGAAGUAGUAAGACACUAUUCAAAACAGGCCAUUAGGCAAAUGUAUGUACUCAUUCUUGGACUUGAAGUUUUGGGAAAUCCCUUUGGCUUAAUUAGAGAAUUUUCUGAAGGUGUAGAAGCAUUUUUCUAUGAACCUUACCAGGGAGCCAUCCAGGGUCCUGAAGAGUUUGUGGAAGGAAUGGCACUAGGAUUGAAGGCAUUAGUUGGGGGAGCUGUUGGUGGAUUAGCUGGUGCUGCCUCCAAAAUCACCAGUGCUAUGGCUAAAGGGGUAGCAGCUAUAACUAUGGAUGAAGACUACCAACAGAAGAGGAGAGAAGCCAUGAACAAGCAACCGGCUGGUCUUAGAGAAGGCAUCACUCGAGGAGGAAAAGGCUUAGUUUCUGGUUUUGUAAGUGGCAUAACAGGAAUUGUUACAAAGCCAAUCAAAGGAGCUCAAAAAGAAGGAGCAGCUGGUUUCUUUAAAGGUGUUGGGAAAGGUUUAGUUGGAGCAGUGGCAAGGCCAACUGGAGGAAUCAUAGACAUGGCUAGCAGUACAUUUCAGGGAAUAAAAAGGGCUACAGAGACUUCUGAUGAAGUGGAGAGUCUGCGGCCCCCUCGGUUCUUUAAUGAAGAUGGAGUUAUCAGACCUUACAGGUUGAGGGAUGGUACUGGAAAUCAGAUGUUGCAGGCAUCAAAAAGUUUGAUAUGAAAACAGUUAAUGCAUGACUUUGCAACUGAAAGCCAGCAGUAGAUUUUAGUCUUAAAAUUUACAAACUGCGUACAGCUGUUUCAGUGUUUUGAAAACAAAGAAAAGCUUUUGUAUUGGUAACUUUUGUAUAGGAUUUUUAGUGAAUCUGAUCUUUUUAUAGGGUAUUCUAGGUCUGUGCUGGAUUUGCUAGAUUUAUUGAAAACCAUUGUGCCUAUAUACCCUCAUAGUUGGUGGUACUUUUUAGCUAAUGAAACCCUUUCUGUUUAGGGUACUUCCUUCUCUUUAUCAAACCAACAGGUGCUUUUAUACUGGAUAUAAUUCUCAUGUCCAACUAGGAAUGGGUAGGGAAAAAAUCAGGAACAUUGCUAUUCGAAUUCUUAGGUUCUUGUGCUUUUCUUUUAUAGAUGCUCAAGUGGCCAAAACCCUCUUUUUGCUUUCUGCUUGUAUCAUCCUUUUAAAAUCUUUUGGAAUUUGAUAAACAGUUCAUAAGAAAGCCAAUAUCUUUUAGUAAAGGAAAGUAGCUUUGGAACAUAGGCAGUUUGGAGGUAGAAUAUUUUAUCUGUUAGAUAAUUUUCUUGCUAGUAAGUUGAACUUCUUAAAAAUCUGGAUUGUAGUGUAGGUAAUAUAUACCAUAAAAUUAUACCAAUUUAAAGUAGUUUGUGUGGGUUAGAUGUGGAAUACUAAAAUAAAUUAUUUUUGAAAACA